AUGGAUAGAGGGGCACGACCCAGAAUCUCACCAUCUGGGAGUGGAGCCUGUCUUGUAUGAGUGGAGUAAUGAAGGACGUUUUAAAUAGUGCCUUCCGAGCUUUUGAGAAGCUGGUUCUAGUGAGCCCUACAUCAGAGCAGUAUGACAGCCUACUUCGGCAGAUGUGGGAGAGGAUGGACGAGGGAUGCGGAGAGACCAUAUAUGUCAUUGGGCAGGGAUCAGAUGGAACUGAGUAUGGGCUGAGCGAAGCUGAUAUGGAGGCCUCCUACGCCACAGUGAAGAGCAUGGCAGAACAGAUAGAGGCCGAUGUCAUCCUCCUGAGGGAGCGCCAAGAAGCCGGUGGCCGUGUACGUGAUUACCUGGUCCGGAAACGAGUAGGAGACAAUGACUUCUUGGAGGUCAGGGUAGCAGUUGUAGGCAAUGUGGAUGCCGGCAAAAGCACACUUCUGGGGGUCCUGACACAUGGGGAGCUGGACAAUGGCCGAGGCUUUGCCCGCCAGAAGCUCUUCCGCCACAAACAUGAGAUUGAAUCUGGUCGUACCAGCAGCGUGGGCAAUGACAUUCUGGGCUUCGACAGUGAAGGCAAUGUGGUAAAUAAGCCUGACAGCCAUGGUGGCAGCCUGGAGUGGACAAAGAUCUGUGAGAAGUCCACUAAAGUGAUCACCUUCAUCGAUCUGGCUGGCCAUGAGAAGUACUUGAAGACCACUGUCUUUGGCAUGACCGGCCACCUGCCUGACUUCUGCAUGCUUAUGGUGGGCAGCAAUGCUGGUAUCGUGGGGAUGACCAAGGAGCACCUGGGCUUGGCGUUGGCGCUCAAUGUACCUGUCUUUGUGGUGGUCACCAAGAUUGACAUGUGUCCCGCCAACAUCCUGCAAGAAACCCUGAAGCUGUUACAGCGCCUGCUGAAGUCUCCAGGCUGCCGGAAGAUCCCUGUGCUGGUGCAGAGCAAGGAUGAUGUGAUUGUUACAGCCUCCAACUUCAGCUCUGAGAGGAUGUGCCCAAUAUUCCAGAUCUCUAACGUUACAGGCGAGAACCUAGAUCUGCUGAAGAUGUUUCUCAACCUCCUGUCCCCCCGCACCAGCUACAGGGAGGAAGAGCCUGCCGAGUUCCAGAUCGAUGACACCUACUCUGUCCCGGGUGUGGGGACAGUGGUGUCGGGGACAACACUGCGGGGCCUGAUCAAGCUGAAUGACACACUGCUGCUGGGCCCAGACCCCUUGGGUAACUUCCUGUCCAUUGCGGUCAAGUCCAUUCAUCGCAAGCGCAUGCCUGUCAAGGAGGUGCGUGGGGGCCAGACAGCCUCCUUCGCGUUGAAGAAGAUCAAGCGCUCAUCCAUCCGAAAGGGCAUGGUGAUGGUUUCACCUCGUUUGAAUCCUCAAGCAUCCUGGGAAUUUGAGGCCGAGAUUCUUGUCCUCCAUCAUCCCACCACAAUUAGCCCACGCUACCAGGCCAUGGUGCACUGUGGGAGCAUCAGGCAGACGGCCACCAUUCUGAGUAUGGACAAGGACUGUCUGCGUACUGGGGACAAGGCCACCGUUCACUUCCGCUUCAUCAAGACCCCUGAGUACCUGCACAUAGACCAGCGGCUGGUGUUCCGAGAAGGUCGCACCAAGGCUGUCGGCACCAUCACUAAGCUGCUCCAGACCACUAACAACUCCCCAAUGAACUCCAAGCCCCAGCAGAUUAAAAUGCAGUCGACAAAAAAGGGCCCACUGUCCAAACGAGAAGAAGGGGGACCAUCUGGUGGGCCGGUGGUGGGGGCGGCCUCUCCCGGAGAUGAGGCUUCAUCUGUCAGCGCAGGGCCCAGCGCAUCCAGUGGUCUGCAGCCCCAGCCCAAGCCCAGCAGUGGGGGCCGACGACGAGGGGGCCAGCGCCACAAGGUGAAAUUCCAGGGGGCCUGUGUGAGUCCUGCCAGCGGCUGCUGAAUCUUCCCUGGCCCAGCCCUGUCACCCAGGGAUCUUUACUCUGGCCACCACUCACCAGCUGGGCAGAGCAGCUCUGACCGCACCCGCCCACUCCCAGGCCACACCAGAGCCUCUCCGUUGCUCCACCCCCAUUUUCCAGGGGGCUUGUAAUUUAUAAAUGAGGAAGGUGGCCAGACUUCUCGAGGACUGACCGUCUCCUGCCUUCUUCCCUGCCUCCUUCUUCACUCACACAUCUUUUGUACAUCUGGGCCCUUAGUUUUUAUUCUUUUUA